UUCAUCGCUUCAAUUUGAGCUCCGCCGGUGAUGUUUCUCCGUCGAUUUGUGUCCACACUCGAGCCAGUCCCAAAAAUUAGGUCUUUCAGCAGCUAUAGCAGCCAUGAUUUUGCAUCCGAAAUUGCUGAGUUGAAUCAGGAAAUGGAAUCCGUGUUCGGCGAGCCUCCAUCAUCGAGCUUCCCGGCCGGCUCCGGUGGCCAGAAGAUAUCCCCCGAAUCACAUCCCACAACAAGCAAAACGCCGCAGAAUGAAUCGAAUCCCGGCUUGACUCAUGUAGACAACAAAGGUGAAUCUCAGAUGGUCGAUAUAACCUCAAAAGGGAUCACGAAUCGAGUGGCGAUCGCAAGCUGCAAAGUCCUCUUAGGACGAAGGGUGUUUGAACUGGUUUCGGCGAAUCAAAUGGAGAAAGGUGAUGUUCUUGGAGUCGCGAAGAUUGCCGGGAUCAUGGGCGCGAAGCAAACGAGCAAUCUUAUCCCGCUUUGCCAUGGCUUGAAUUUAUCUCAUGUGCAGGUGGACUUAACGUUGAAUGCUUGUGAUUUGAGUGUUGACAUUGUAGGGAAGGCUACGUGCAGCGGGAAGACGGGGGUGGAGAUGGAGGCUUUGAGUGCAGUGGCAGUGGCGGGGCUUACUGUUUAUGAUAUGUGCAAGGCUGCUUCGAAGAACAUUGUUGUGACGGAUUUAAGGCUUGAGCAUAAAAGUGGAGGUAAGAGUGGGGAAUGGUCGAGUAAGAAGCCAUGAAAAUUAAUUUUGUAGGGUUUUGAAGUUUUUGGUAAUUUUGUUGUUGGUUAGGAGUAUUGUUUGUUGGGGUAAAGAUAAUUUUCAAUGUUUUUAAAGGGUGUAUUUUUUUGGAUAUCUUUACUUAUUAUUUUAAUUGUGUUUUGGUAAAAAUAAAAACUAAAAAGGAUUAUGAUUUUGCU